ACCACGGUCCAAUCCUCCAGUGUCAGUUUGAGACAAACACAGCAGCAGGUCGCGACGUACCUGUCACCUUAGAGAACCGGGGUCUGAGAGCCGGAACCGAGCGGAGCCUUCACAAGUCUCCACUGAAGCAGAACUCUUCCUGUGUCUCCUUCUGUUUCUCCACCGAAAAGCGACAAGUGUUACUUUGGGAUCCGGAGGGGAAAGGGUUGUGGAGUGUAGAGUAUUUAAGCGACUGAGCAUUCAGUUUCCCCACUGUGUCUCUGCUCACCUGAACAUGGCUUCCACCACCUGCACCAGGUUCACCGACGAGUACCAGCUCUACGAGGAGCUGGGGAAGGGGGCGUUCUCAGUGGUGAGACGGUGCAUGAAGAUUUCCACAGGCCAGGAAUAUGCUGCCAAAUUAAUCAAUACCAAGAAGCUGUCAGCCAGGGAUCACCAGAAGUUGGAGCGAGAGGCCCGGAUCUGCCGCCUGCUAAAGCACCCCAACAUUGUGCGGCUCCAUGACAGCAUCUCAGAGGAAGGAUUCCACUAUCUGGUCUUUGACUUAGUCACCGGUGGAGAGUUGUUUGAGGACAUAGUUGCCAGAGAGUACUACAGCGAGGCCGACGCCAGUCAUUGCAUUCAGCAGAUCCUAGAGGCUGUGCUCCACUGCCACCAGACGGGCGUGGUCCACCGUGACCUCAAGCCGGAGAACCUUCUGUUAGCCAGUAAGCUGAAGGGGGCUGCGGUGAAGCUGGCGGACUUCGGCCUGGCCAUCGAGGUGCAGGGAGACCAGCAGGCCUGGUUCGGUUUUGCCGGUACACCAGGCUACCUGUCUCCAGAGGUGCUGAGGAAAGAUCCGUACGGCAUGCCAGUAGACAUGUGGGCCUGUGGUGUGAUCCUCUACAUCCUCCUGGUUGGAUAUCCUCCAUUCUGGGAUGAGGACCAGCACAGACUCUACCAACAGAUUAAAGCUGGAGCUUAUGAUUUCCCCUCUCCUGAGUGGGACACAGUGACUCCAGAGGCCAAAGACCUGAUCAACAAGAUGCUGACCAUCAACCCCGCCAAGAGAGUGACAGCCACAGACGCACUCAAACACCCCUGGAUCUGCCAACGCUCCACUGUGGCGUCCAUGAUGCACAGACAGGAGACUGUGGAGUGCCUGAAGAAGUUCAAUGCUAGGAGGAAACUUAAGGGUGCCAUUCUGACUACGAUGCUGGCCACUCGCAACUUCUCAGCAGCCAAGAGCCUGCUGAACAAAAAAGCAGAUGGAGUCAAAAUCAACAACAAGACCAAUGUGGUAACCAGCCCCAAAGAGCCCGCCCCCACUCCUUCUCUGGAGCCUCAAACUACUGUUAUCCACAACCCGGCUGAUGGAAACAAGGAGUCCAGUGAGAGCACCAACACCACCAUCGAGGACGAGGAUGUGAGAGCUCGUAAGCAGGAGAUCAUUAAAGUCACCGAGCAGCUGAUCGAGGCCAUCAACAAUGGAGACCUGGAAACAUACACGAAGAUCUGUGAUCCGGGGCUCACUUCCUUUGAGCCCGAGGCCCUGGGAAACCUGGUGGAGGGAACCGACUUCCACCGCUUCUACUUUGAGAACGCUCUGUCCAAGGCCAAGCAGCCGGUCCACACCAUCCUGCUGAACCCCCACGUCCACCUGAUCGGGGACGAGGCGGCCUGCAUCGCCUACAUCCGCCUCACCCAGUACAUCGACGGCAACCGCAUGCCCCGCACUAUGCAGUCCGAGGAGACCCGCAUCUGGCACCGCCGCGACAGCAAGUGGCAGAACAUCCACUUCCACCGCUCCGGCUCGCCCACCGUGCCCACCAAUUGAAAGGACCGUCUCUGACCACAGACACCCUCCAGCCUACGACCAUCAGCUGAACAGCCCCCCCCUGCCACGUCCAAACAGAUCCCUCAGCCAACCCCCCCACCAUAGCUAGAGCUCUGCCCCCCUCAGUGUGUUGUUUACAUAUGGAACAUAUUGCACAUGUUGAAAAAAGCAGUCUUGAUAAUGUUGUAGUGAGGUGGUGUUCAUUACAGGACUUUUUUAGAUCAGUAGGUUUUAAAUAGAAGUGGUUUUCAGUAGAGCCCCCCCUAGUAACUUUAAAUGUGAGACUUCCAGUCAUCGUAUGUUGACAGUUUUUCAUUUGAAUAUUGCACAUAUUGAGGACUCGUGAUGUUUUUUGGCAAUGACCAAUAUAUCACAUAUCUGCUUUCGACUUGUGUAUCUUUUCAGAAUCUAUUAAAGGUCAGGCACAUGCUUGCUUUAGUUUUGGUGAUUUAUACGUUUUGGUAAUGAUGUGAAUCGCUCUUUGCUUAAUCUUUAGCAGUGUCCAUAUGCACUGAGUUAGCACAUUUUACAAAUCAGUUUUCUGGUUUGCCACUGGCACCAAAUAUGUUUACUGGGAAUCUUAAGUACAUGUUUAAAAGGGAAAACCAAUGAAAGUGUGUUUGAACCUCCAUCAUCACAAGGCAGCAGUGAGAGGAGUCUCUUAUGAUAGAAUGUAUAAACUGCAUCCAUAUUAUUCUUACAGGCCAUUAUGUGACUCUUUCCAGUCAAAUCAUAUUUUCAUACAGUGAGGAAAUAAUGAUGUGAAUUCGAUCAGCUAUUUUGUUGUGUUUACUUUUGAUAUUGUGAUGUAAAUGCCUGUCAUUACACUAGGUUUCCUGUAAGCCCUUUCAACCUGUAUUCUAGGUCCGACUGGUGCACGCCAAUGAUUUAAAGCACCAUGUUUUACACUGGGCAAGAAUAAAGUAGAAAUGCUGUUGUCACCUACAGGAAAGCCAGCUUCAACUGAGAGCUUUGGUUUGGAAGUUAGUCAGGCAUUCAUUUUCAUCAGGAGGGAAACGUAUUGUAAGCCAGAAUGACUAAGGCGUAAAUCAGCAUUCUAAUUAUUUGUUAUUUUUAGUGUCACUGUCAAAUCAAAUGGACGUAGGCAACACUUCACGAUUCAUAUAUUAAGGUUCAUCAUUGAAAAUACUUCUGAUUAGUAUGGUGGCAAAUAAAAAAAAGAACUUCAGAAUAAAAGCAUGAGUAAAAGUCACAUGGUGUUUGUGUUGAGGAUAUUCAGAUGUUUUCCUGUUUGCAUUCCUUAGUUUCAUCACAUCUCACACAACACACUUUGUAUCUUUCUAAAGUGCAUUUAUAUUCCUGGCGCUGGUUAUAUAAUGUUACCAUGAUGGGACAAGCCUGGUGUAUGUUUUAGAAAUAUCAAAUAAAAUGUGUGAUUUAUGCCAAAA